AUGAAGGUUGAGUGUGGUAUAGCGAAGCCGCCUAUCGAUUUUGGUGUGGGCGGAGACAUCAUUGCCAUGAAAGCCAACCAAGACAUGAGGAACCGCCUCCGUGACCGACAAGCCCAGUACGACGACCUCCUCAACUCAUCCCUCCAACCUGAAGAUGUAGCUCAGCGUAUCAACCAUGUUGGCAAUAUGAUGGCAACCGAGCAAGUCGAGGAAGAGAGUCUAGUGGGACCUCAGGGAGAGGGUGAUGUAGUAGGGCAAUCCCUGGCAGGAUUACAGGUACAGCUGAUGGGGAGGAUGAGACAGGCACAACAGGAAGCCGAGAGGGCCAAACGCUACCAGCAAAAGGCAGAAUGGGAGGCAAAGUCUUUGAGACAUCACCUAGAACAGAUGCAAGCAAGGUUGAGAGACAUGGCAAUGAGAGACCAAGACCAAAACAAGGUUAAAGGUACUGAUUGGGAUGAGGAGGAGAUGAUGAGAAUGAGGGACGAGGUUGGACGAUUGAGACGUCAACUCCAGCAUGCCAAAAACCAGCAGCCUCCACCAAGACCUCCUCCUGAGCCGCCUGCUGUAAUGAUAGAUUCUAGAGAUGAGCCCUCUCAGAUGUACCCUGGGGUCAAUGACCACAUGCAAAGGUUGCAAGGUGAUGUGGCCAAUUUGAGGAACCAACUCCAGAACAAGGAUCGAAUGGCGGCACAACAACUUGCAGAUGCAGAGAAUGAGAUUCUUCAGCUUCAGGUGGAGCUUGGUAAAAGGGAAAAGGAGUCAAGUGAAGGAGAACGGACCAAGCGGAAUGCCCAGGAGAGAGAAGCUAAAACUACAGAGAGAAGACAAGCUUCUGCAUUGGCACAGGUGGAGAUUGAGGGUGGUCAGAUAGCUCAGAGAGCUAUCAAUGAACUUGCCAAAGCUCAAGAAGAAAUAGAUGGCUUGGAGGAUAUCCUUGCUAACAGAGAGAGGGAGUUGGAGGAGACAUUACUUCACGGAGAGACUGCAUCACAGGCCAUUGCUAAUCAACAGGAGGAGAUUGGAGCCUUACAUGAUGUAUUGGAAGCACAGAAAGAUGAAAUCCUGCGAUUGAAUAAUCUCUUAGAUGGAGUUACACAGCAACCAUCAGAGAUCCCUGAAGAAGAAUAUCUUGUGAAGAGGUGA